CCGCGUCUAGACUGGAGCCGCCAGUAAGGGCGAAGGCACGUCAGUGGCUUUGAUUCGUUACACGACUGAGCCCAGGAAAAACUUCCUCUUCGUCUGUCCGGUUCGGGUUGAGUUUGUCAUAAUCUCUCUUGUUUGCUGUGGGGCUUCGAGGUUUUGUUCUUUUUUUAAACGUUUAUAUUGGUUGUCUUCAAGACGUUUCCAGGAAUUUUUGCCACUGGAUUUGGACAAACCCUUGUUAUAUUGCCCUCUUUAAAAUCUAGGCAGGUCUUUUGGAUUUUCACUGGCUACAACGUGACUUCGAGAGUGAUAAGUCGUAUACGACCGUUACAGCGAGGGAUUUUUGUGUUUUUUCCUAAAUGACAAAUGAGGAGAUUUUUAGAUCAGGUUUCUUCAAAAGCCAGAAGUUUAGCUAACUGGAUUAUUGCGGAGUGAGUUAUCACCAUUCAAGCGGUAUUGACGAGCAAAAGAAUGACAUAGAUCGAACAACAUAUUAUUAUCUCAUUGGAUCGCAGGAGACCUGCAGAAACUGAAUCGCCAUAUACCAUGGACUCGGGACAAUACGUCAAUAUUCAGAGACUUAAAAAGUUUCAUGAAGGCUGGAUGGAGCACAAAUCACAGAUGAUCGGAACCCUAACCAUUAACAAAGACACUAGACUGGAGAAGAAAGAUGGCAAUGAACAGACAGGCUACAGAUUUGACCUUUAUUGUGCCAAAAGAGUUAACACUUUUAAAACAACAAAGUUCAGCGAAAGGGAGUUGUGGAAGGCUUUCAUUGAGGGAAUUGCAAGGAACACGGUUCCAGAUAGUCUCGACUUAUUACCUGGUCAAAUCGAGCACGUCCGGGAACUUCUCAGUAUCGGCGUCAGACUGCCGUCGUCGGCUCAAAUUGACAGACGCUCCUCAGAGCCGGCUGUCGUGAGUUCAUUUUCAGGCGGAUUUGACUCCCCAAAUGGGUCCACAUCUGGUUCGUAUUCCCAAACAGACGAAGACCUGAAUAUUCCACCUGAGGAUUAUAUCGAGCCCACCCCUGUGACCACACUCACCGCUAGGCACAGCUUCUACGCUGAUCCAUCAAAGACAGAACCACCAAGGUUUGCACUUCAUAUGUUAGAUCAUAAUUUUCAUAGCUAGAUGAAUCACAAAACUGUUUAACUAAAUGGUUAAUUCCCCCCCCCCCCUCCCUUGCAUGUAUCAGAUGCAGCGUAACAGGGUAAAUACUGAAGGUGAUAUAAUUGUUUUCAGACAUCCACAACUUUCAUAUCGCUCGAUUACUCGAUUAAAAAACAACAAACAAAAAAGAGAUUAAUAAAAUAGAUUUAAUACUAGAUUUCUAACUGAAAUGUUUAAAAUUAGUUUUCAAAAAAGCUUUUUUUUCUGAUGUGCAAGAUAUUCUUGUUGAAAGUAUUGCUGAGUAUAGCAGAUUUCUUUACUUUUUCACAAAUUAUGACACUAAAAAUCAUAUAAAACGGCCCAAAAAUGAGUAAUUGGUGGCUUGGUGGACUUUCGUCUCCUUCCAAAAACAGAA